AUGGCGGGAGUGUGCUGCUCUCCGAGAGUACGGAUUCCUCUGCUCCCACACCCCACGAGAAUCCACAAAAUCCAGUGCUGCGCAAAAGCACCGGAUAACAAACCCAAGAGAGAAACUCCGCCGAUACUUAAAGUCGCAGUGACCGGAGCCACCGAGCUCCUCAGGGUUCUGUCUUCCUUCAACCCAACAACCAGAUUGGAAAAAGCGGAUGAUAAACAAAGGGACGAGUUUUCGGUUAUAGGAAUAGAUGAUGUUGUGUCGAUUCUAGAAGCUGAUUACAAGAACGCGUAUUUCGUGACAGGCAUUUUCACGUCGGCAAUUUAUGCUGAAGAUUGUGUCUUUGAGGAUCCAACUAUUAGAUUUCAAGGUACGGAGUUGUAUGCUCGCAACUUGAAAUUGCUUGUUCCUUUCUUUGACUCGCCAUCGAUUGGAUUGGAAAAGAUCGAGAAGGGUAUUGAUUCUGAAGCAACCUUUGUUCUAGCAACAUGGAAACUAAGGACCUACCUGAAGCUCCCAUGGAGGCCUUUGAUUUCUAUUGAUGGAAGUACGGUCUACAACUUGGAUGAUAAGUUUAAAAUUGUAAGGCAUGCUGAGAGCUGGAAUGUUUCUGCAAUUGAAGCAGUUGGCCAGAUAUUCAGACCUUCUGGUAGGUCAGAUGACUGAAUGUGUUG